UAAGAAUCAAACCAUGAAGACUGAAAUCAAGGGCGUCCAUGAUUGUUCGUUGUCGUGUGUAAGGUCACGUUGCCCCGCCACUUGCAUUUGAAACUGGCAGCGGCGAUGAAUCCAUGGAUUUUUUACGGUUGCCAGAUUUAUCAAAGACAUAUCUUUGUGCCUAGACAUCGUAUUGGGUCGUAUCGCUUCGCAUCUACCUUAUCAACUCAUGUUGAUGAAUUUCCGUGCGAACGAAUCAGGAACUUCAGCAUCAUCGCACACAUUGAUCAUGGGAAAUCGACGCUAGCAGACCGGUUGCUCGAAGUGGGUAGCCCGUCUCCAUAAUCCAAAGCUAAUUCAUCAGAUUGCUAGGCGACAAGAACGAUACAACCUGCAACAACUGGUUUGAACAAACAAGUUUUGGAUAAGUUGAAGGUUGAAC